AUGUCUGUAGGCUAAUCAUUACCUUAAUUAAAUGCUAUUCAAAGAAAUUAUAUGCCCUUAGUUGAAAUGUAUAAUAUAACAACUAGAUAAAAUACUACAUGGGGAAUAGAUGGUUAUGAAGUUCCAAAAAGAUAUUUUGAUCACUUAAAAUAGGUUUAAGAUAGAGAAUACGAAAAAAUUAAUAAAAAAGGGAAAUAUGUAAAAAACAACAAAUAUGUAACAAAAAGGGGUUGCUAUUUAGAUGAUACAAUUAAAUUAUUUAAAACAAGCCCUGCACCUAACAAGUAUGAAGUUUCUUAUAAAUGGGUAAAUCAAUAAGAUAUUGAAAAAGGUAAGAAAAAGCCUAAAGAUACUAAAAGAAAUACAUUUAUUGAUGAUAUUUUUUUAGAAGAAAAAAGAAGAAUAAAACCAGGCCCUGGAUAAUACAAAAUAUUUUUCAAAACUCAAGCUGAAGUAAAAGAGACAGAUAAAGUAAUAAAAGAAAGAAGAUAAAUUUAAAAAGGUAGUUUUUUAAAUGAAAAUGAAUAUUUAAGUAUAAAAACUCCAGGCCCAGGAAAUUAUAACCCAAGAGGGAUUUUACCAAAACUUAAAGUAAAUAUGAAAAAACCUUAAGAUUUUAUAAAUUUACAUAAAGAAUAAACCAAAAAAGGUAAAUUAAGUAAUUUACCUGAUGUUGGUACUUACAAGUUUAACUUUCCCUUAGAUUAUGAUACUUUUGGAAAGAUGCUUGUUAAAGGAAAAUAAAAAACAGCUGUUAAAUAUUUAGGUACUUAGAUAAGGUUUAAAGACUUGAAAAGUACGAAAUCUAAAUCUGUUGUUAUUGGACCAGGGCCUGGGCAUUAUUAAAUGAUUGCGUAAUGGCCAGGAAAACUUACUUUAAAGGAUAAAAAAAAUGAAAAAGCUAAAAACUAUUUAAAUUUAUUAUCUAGUGGACUCUAAAAAUCUAUUUAUUACGAAUGA